CUGUGAGAGGUUAACGUAUGCUCGGUGGAUAGGAUAAAAAUGCAAGCAUUACGCAGAACAUUUUCUAGUGUACUGUAUGUAGCCAACUGUUUUUUUAGGCUGAGUGGUGCGCAUGCCCCAUGUCAUAGUAAAGGAAAAGCAUAAUGAAUCCUCUCUCUCAUUGACCACAGUGCGCAUGGUCAUUGCUUUUGUAUCAUUUAUGUCCGUCUGAGCAAGAUCAGCUGCACUUCAUGUAUUGCAGAAAUAAGUUUUACGGCGUUGAAGUAGGCUUUUUUCAAAGGAAUCAUCGGAUAAGGAAACAGAAUAUGUCGGUAAACAAAGCUAAGAAAGUAAAAAUGGCUACCAAAUCAUGCCCUGAGUGCGACCAACAGAUUCCAGUUGCUUGCAAGUCUUGUCCCUGUGGCUAUGUAUUCAUUAGUCGCAAGCUUCUAAAUGCCAAACUGAAUGAGAGAUCACCACCAGCAAUAGACAAGUUGGAUGCAAAGAGGAGGAGAACUGAAAGAAUUCGCAGAGAGAAGAUCAACUCUCCAUCAACCAAUGACAUGGAGAACAGAAGGCGAUGCCGUUCCAACAGCCAAUCGGAUCAGAUCCGGAGAGGGCGGGGCAGGCCAAAGACAGUUGGGCUGAAGAAGCAGGAGGAGGAGAAAGAAAAAUUUGAGAAAGAAGUUGAUAUCUAUGCCAACCUCUCAGAUGAGAAAGCAUUUGUGUUUUCGGUGGCAUUGGCCGAGAUCAACCGAAAGAUCCUGGGCCAAAGACUGAUCUUAUAGACAGACCAGAUGGUUGCUUUGAGGGAUUGACAUGUGAAACCUAAGAUUGUUACUGUGGAGAAACCCAUGGAUGACCACCACAGUGUGUCUAACAGGGUAUGAACUCUGACCCAUGAACACCCUGCCGGAUUGGUCAAAGCCUUGGGAAAAUGGAGAUGUUGGGGAACAUUGAGAAGCAGGCACCUGGUCUGCUCAAGAGGAAAUGUUGGAACCAACUUUUAUCUUUAGAGUAGCUUAUGGAAUUGGAGGGGGUAGGACAUCUGAAUAUUUAUCUUUUAAUCAGAUUUUAUAU